AUGGCGGACGUCACCGCCGUUGAGCAGGACACAAGUGGAUGGCAUGAAGAAGAAAUGACAUUGACAGCUUUGGAACUGCCAGCUGUUCCUCCUACAUCCGAUCCACAGCGAUUGUUGGGCUAUGUACUGCACAUUCUUCCUCGCUACACUGAGAUGGAAAUGCUGUCGACUCACCUGCGACUUUACGUAUCGACUCUGGAGCAGGACAUGGAGCAAAUCAAGUGCCAUGUACGUUUACUUACACGUGAGGCAUCAAGUGAGAGAGAGAAGAGGCAUUUUUUGGAGAGAUACGCGGCACAGGUGGUCAAGGAGCGCAACGACCUCUUGCAUUCUGGAGGAUCCUCGAAGAAGAAAGCAGCGGCAAACUCGCACUUUGUAUGGCACAGCUGCUGUAAAAAGAAUUUACGUCAUGCAAUGGAUUUAGCGCCAUCGAUUGUUGCUUUUCGGGGUGAGAAGCUGCAGGAAGCGACGAAGCAGGUGGAGUCUCUGCAGGCAGAAGUGCACAACCAGGAAUUGCUGCGGAAAGAGCUCGACUUCCUGCUUAAGAAAACGCAACGUGAACAUGAUAGCAAAUUGUUAGCGGAUCGCAAGCACAUUCAGCAGCUGGAGAAGCAGAUUUUGCAGCGCUCGUCUUUGCACUCGAGUCUAGAAAGGAAAUUAUAUGAAGUCGAGUCUCUGCUUGCUAGACAUGAGAGAUCAAAGGAAGAGGAUCUGGGUAUAUUAAGCAAUCGUAUUGAAGAGGCGCAAGCCCGUAUUGCAAGUCUGGAAAAGGAUAAUGCCAAUUUGCGUGAGCAGGUGAAAAGAACGGGCGACGACAGAGAUCGCUUGACGGUAUUGCUAGAAGAAACAACCGACAGCAAGAAUGUCUUUGCGAAAAAAGUUGAUGAGCUGCAAAAAGAGUGUCAGUCGCUGAAGUCUGAGGUAGAGGCUUUACGGUCCGAGAUUGAUAUGCUGCAAACUACAGAUAUCAAUGACAUUCGCACGCAGUACGCUGCCAGAAUAAACCAACUGCAGAAGGAGAGUGGCGCCAGGGAGGAAAAGUUGCGCCAAGAGAUAGAUCGUGUGAAGCAGGAUUUACGAAAUCGUGACGAAUUGCUAGUACAGGCAUCAAGUGUACGCCAAUCUACAGCAAGAGAGAGUUCUAGACACCCUUUAUCAAGUGUAACGAGCGGCUUGGAAAGCAUACCUUAUCCUAAUAGCACUUCCAAAUGGAGUGAUGGUAUCUUUGACAAUGACCGCCAACUAGAAAGUGACAGAGUGGGGUCCUCUUCAUUGAUAAGUAAAUCUUCUGAGCUGCGUGCAGCUUAUGAUUUAGCAUCUUCGAGUGAUGAAAACGACUUGAAGGAAGUUGAAGCUGACAGCAACAUAUUAUCGAUGUCAAGCUACAAUGGACAUUCACCUGAUCAAAGCUGCGUCAAUUCUAGCAAACUUGGCUACUCGAGAGAACUUGAUGCAGUUUCCAGAGACCUUAGUACGUCGUCCAAAGAGCCCGACGCACGAACUCAUGAAGAUGAUCCAGACGCAAGUGCUUCCAAUGAGCCAUUUGACUGGGAGACGUUUAUUGACAGUGCUUCUGAGGUUUCUAUCCUGCAAGAUGAGCACCAAAAACGCUCUCCUUCAGCUAUUGCAAGGCACUUGGAACUUAGCACUAGCACAAUCUGUCACAAUGACAGCUUUUUGAGAUUGUCCAGUCCUCGGUUGACAGGGUCAAAUUCUGCCCGUGCGGAGAGUUUCGUGGGCGAACAGCAACAAUCCGGCGAAGGUAGCUUCCAUAUUUCUGAUGCAAUGAACAAUGUAUCGCUUUCCAAUCAAAGUCUCGCUGAACUUGAGUUUGAGCACGAUGAGGAAGAAAAGGAGUCUAAUAAGGAUGAUACGCUUGUGAAUAACAAGCAGGAGGAGCGCUGCAAUCGAAUCUUUGAUACUAAAGCUAUGGAAGAACAGCCUGGUGAACACAAAGGAAGCACAAUGAAGGGAGAACAUGCUCAAAAUGAAUUGGCUCGAGAGUUAUACCAAAUGCUCAAUGGGCUCGAGCAGAAGCGCAAAGAAGAGGAGCAGAAGGCCAUACAAGCAGAGCAGGCUUUGCUAGAGUUUCAGCAGUUGCAGGAGAGCCUUCAUGCCUUGCAUGUUCCUCCUGUCUCGCCAAAAGAAUCAAGGAGGUGA